AUCAAAAAAGCUCAAGCAAACCUCCACCGCUUCCAAGACCUCCUGAAGGACCUGACUGCGGAUAACCAACCUGGCAAGGAAACAGAACAGGCACCAAUGCAGAAGAAACCCGCGUGCCGAAUGACAUACAAGGACUUACCCGUAUUCCAGCUCUCCGGUGCGCAUAUUUGGCACCACAACAAGGAAGUAUUUAGCUCACCAAGCCAUUUCGCUCGUACCUUCGAGCUCGCAUUGUCCGCCAUGGAAGGUGAUCUGGACCGCGACUGGGAAAAGUGGCUCCCCCUCGCCAUUCACCACGACCAUGACGCCUAGGUUGAAAGAGAGCUCAAGGGCAAGGGACUGUCAUGGAAAAAGGCCAAGAAAACAUUCCUUCAUCACUUCGAGUCAUCUGAUCGAAUCAUUGCCAAGGCCACCGAGGUGUUCACGAUGACCAUGCGCAGCAACGAAAGUACGCUCGACUAUGGUACGAGGUUCCUCGCCGCUGCCCGCGAGGCAGAAAUAACGGAUAGCCAACAAUUAGCCCUGCGCUUCCUGGCCUCGCUACUGCCGCACAUUCGCGAAAACACGUUGGUCGCCUGGCACGGCCGCAAAGGAAAGAAGUUGCCGAAGUCCGUCUCUGCCGCCCUAGAGAUCGCCCAAGCCGUGUCCAUGCACAAGCGCACUCACCAGCAGUCGUACGCUGCAGAGGAUUCCUCCUCGCGCGCACACUCACGUCGCCGCACACA